AUGUGACCGAUUUCGAAUAGGAGGGUGGAGGCCCGGCCCGAGGCCGGCCAGAUUGGAGGCGGGUCCAGGCGUGGCUAGGACGGAGGCCGGGCGGGGGCUGCCGCGGCGGCGACGAGAAAGCGGCCGAGCCCCUGAGACCUGGGGCGGAGCUCCGCUAACCUAGUGCCCCGCUCGCCGAGCGAGGUGGGCGGGCGACUCGGGACCAUGGCCAGGGCUGGCAUGGAGCGGUGGCGAAACCGGCUAGCAUUGGUGACGGGAGCCUCGGGGGGCAUCGGUGCGGCCGUGGCCCGGGCUCUGGUCCAGCAGGGACUGAAGGUGGUGGGUUGUGCCCGCACCGUGGGCAACAUAGAGGAGCUGGCUGCUGAAUGUAAGAGUGCAGGCUACCCCGGGACUUUGAUCCCCUACAGAUGUGACCUGUCAAAUGAAGAGGACAUCCUAUCCAUGUUCUCGGCUAUCCGCUGCCAGCACAGCGGUGUGGACAUCUGCAUCAAUAAUGCUGGGUUGGCCCGGCCUGACACCCUGCUCUCAGGCAGCACCAGCGGUUGGAAGGACAUGUUCAAUGUGAAUGUGUUGGCUCUCAGCAUCUGCACACGGGAAGCCUACCAGUCCAUGAAGGAGCGGAAGGUGGAUGACGGGCACAUCAUUAACAUCAACAGCAUGUCUGGCCACCGAGUGUUACCCCAGUCUGCGGUCCAUUUCUAUAGUGCUACCAAGUAUGCCGUCACUGCACUGACAGAGGGACUGAGGCAAGAGCUUCGGGAGGCCCAGACCCACAUCCGAGCCACGUGCAUCUCUCCAGGACUCGUGGAGACACAAUUCGCCUUCAAACUCCAUGACAAGGACCCUGAGAAGGCAGCUGCCACCUACGAACACAUAAAGUGUCUCAAACCCGAAGAUGUGGCCGAGGCUGUCAUCUUUGUCCUCAGCACACCCCCACAUGUCCAGAUUGGAGACAUCCAGAUGAGGCCCACGGAGCAGGUGACCUAGUUUCCUGUGGGGAGUUCCUCCUCCUCUCCCCGACCCUCAAGGCUUGGUUCCUGCUUCUGGAUUGUAGGUGUUAAUUUCUGGACUCCUGGAUUCCAGUUCCUCUCCCCACCCCCAACAAGGGUUAUAAAAUUUGUUUGAGGUCUUUUUAUCUUGUCAAAUUGUUUCCACCACAAAUGUGAAAAGUGGGCUGGGGAGGGAAGGUAGUGUCCCUAAUUGUUUUACCUAUUAACUUGUUCUGGGUUCCCUUCUUGGGCUCCUUGGCCUUUGUUUGCUGUCCUUGGUCUUUUCCCUUUGACCUGGGGAAGGGACUGUGGCCAAAAGGGGGGCUUCUCCCUAUCUUCUUGCAUCCCGUCACCUGUCACUCAGGGAUGAGGUGGCAGAGAGAGCUCCUCGCCUAUCUGAAUGGUUAUCGAGGGCUCCAGGCUUCUUCCUCAACCUGCCCCACUGCCCCUUUUCUCCCCCUGUCCCAGUUCUCCAAGCCCAUUUGUGGCUUCUCAGCCCCCAGUGGGGUCAUCACUCUACUCUGACUGGCAGCAGAAUAUUAGGGCAUGCCUGCCAAGUGAAUUUCACUGUAAUAAUUAAAAAAGAAAAGUUGCAAUAUUCUA